CCUCCUCCUCCUCGCUCCCUCUCUCCGCCCGGCGCCGGGGCAGCUCCCACCGGAGCCGGGGCCAUGGAGCAGACCUGAGCCGGGCGCGGCGGCGGAGCCCGCACCGGCGGCGGCGGGAGCGGGGCGCAGCGCGGCGGAGCCGAGAGGAAAAGGGUCAGAUGUCUUCACCCCUCCGUCAUGCGAUAGGAAAGUAUUGUUUACGAAGCAGCCGAGUCAAACGUGCCCUCCGCUUUGCCUGGAAACGCUGAGCGAGUGAAAUUACACAAAAAACGACACCGAGAUUGGCCUCCCCGAUAAGCCUGAGGGCUGCUUUUGGGUGAGGGGAGGACAGAAACUGUGAAGAAAAGGAGGGAGAUGUGCUAACCGCGCUCCCUUGCCGUGCCGUGCCGUGCCGACAUCGCCGCGCCAUCCCGCUGGGGCUGGCUUUUCCGGCACCCUGAGCUGUCGGCAGCCUUCUGGGCAGAUGGAGGUUGUGGCUUUCCGUGGGAGCACCGCUGACAGGAUGUCCAUGAGGAGCCCCGUUUCUCCCCACCUGGAGCUCGAUGGAGCGGGCAGCAUGGUGAACUGCACCAUCAAGACAGAGGAGAAGAAGGAGGGUGGCUACGAGUCCUUGCCGGGGGCUGCUCCCAGCACCGAGCCCCGUCCUAACGACCCACCAGGGCCACCGCCGAGGGAGGGCAGUGACCCCCAGGCCCUGCCGCAGGAGUCCCGCUCGCCCACCAACGAUGUGCUGGAGCCCAGGCGCUCUGCCUUCGAGCCGGCUGUCAGUGGCCAGGAGAAGCUGGACUUCAACAGGAACUUGAAGGAGGUGAUGCCGACCAUCGAGAAGUUACUGUCCAGCGACUGGAAGGAGCGGCUGCUGGGCCAAAAUGCUGCUGAGACCAAGGAAGUGAAGGGAACCCAGGAGAGCCUGGCAGAGAAGGAGCUCCAGUUACUUGUCAUGAUCAACCAGCUGUCCACGCUGCGGGACCAGCUCCUGACGGCCCACUCGGAGCAGAAGAACAUGGCCACGAUGCUCUUUGAGAAGCAGCAGCAGCAGAUGGAGCUGGCGCGGCAGCAGCAAGAGCAGAUCGCCAAGCAGCAGCAGCAGCUCAUCCAGCAGCAGCACAAAAUCAACCUGCUGCAGCAACAGAUCCAGCAGGUCAACAUGCCCUACGUCAUGAUUCCUGCCUUCACCCCCAGCCACCAGCCUCUCCCUGUCACUCCCGACUCCCAGUUAGCUCUGCCUAUCCAGCCCAUCCCCUGCAAGCCAGUGGAUUACCCGGUGCAGCUGCUGCACAGCCCCCCUCCUCCCACGCUGAAGAGACCCGCUGGCUCAGGCCACCUCCAGAUGCAGGAGACCUCGCAGCCGCUGAACCUGACGGCCAAACCCAAAGGUUCCGACCUCCCCAGUGCCUCCAGCUCACCCAGUUUGAAGAUGAGCAGCUGCCAGUCCCUCACGCCGAGUCACGGAGCUACCAGGGACCUGCAGACCAGCCCAUCCAACCUGCCUCUGGGGUUCCUGGGUGAAGGCGAUGCCAUCACCAAAGCCAUCCAGGACGCGCGGCAGCUGCUGCACGGCCACAGCGGAGCCAUGGAAGGAUCGCUGAGCAACCCCUACCGCAAGGACCAUGCCGGGAUUGAUUCUUCCCCAGUGAAGGAGAGGAUGGAGGAGACUCCUGCCCACCGGCUGGAUGAGGCUCUGUUGACCUGUGAGAUGGACGGCUCACGGCACUUCCCCGAGUCCAGGAACAACAACCACAUCAAGCGGCCCAUGAACGCCUUCAUGGUGUGGGCGAAGGACGAGAGGAGGAAGAUUUUGCAGGCUUUCCCAGACAUGCACAACUCCAGCAUCAGCAAGAUCCUGGGCUCCCGGUGGAAGUCCAUGACGAACCAGGAGAAGCAGCCCUACUACGAGGAGCAAGCCCGGCUGAGCAGGCAGCACCUGGAGAAAUACCCCGACUAUAAGUACAAGCCCCGACCCAAACGCACCUGCAUCGUGGAGGGGAAGCGGCUGCGCGUGGGCGAGUACAAGGCACUGAUGAGGAACCGGCGGCAGGACGCCAGGCAGGGCUACUUGAUAGGGCCCCAGGGCAGCCAGAUGCCCCCCGCCUCCUCCGAUGUGCUGUACCAGCGGCCGGUGGGCAUGCAGCUGACGUCCCCCCUGAUGGAGCACUACCUGCCCCGCAGCAUGGACCCCAGCAUGCCCGUCAUCGUCAACACGCGCAGCCUCAAGGAGGGUGAUGGCGGCGAUGAUGGGCACUCCGUGGCCGACGGUGAGAUGUACCGCUACAGCGAGGAGGAGGACUCGGAGGGUGAGGACAAGAGUGAUGGCGAGCUGGUGGUGCUGACGGACUGAGGGCGGCUGGGGGCAUGUGGGUGGGGGCAGCAGGGCUGGCUGCCACCGAAAAGGAGGUCACAGCAUCCCCUGAUGGGAUGGGACUUGGCCAAAGGGCUGCGCUGGGAGUGAAGGAGAGCUGCUACCCUGGCAGGCGGGACUUGCUGCCUGCCUGCCAACGGGUCCCACGAAGGCAGGCACCCGGCAUUUCAGUGGGGUGCUCCCCAGGGGGGGUGACAAGUGGCCACGGGUGCUGCAUGGGGCGAUGGCCGGGAGGUGCCAACCCCGCUGGGCAAGCUGCGGAGGGCUGGCUCGGUCUUGCUCCGGCAGCAGAGCUGUGGGGAGCUGAGGCCACCCGGUCUGGGGGUGUGGGUGCCACGGCUGCUGAGCUGUCACCCACUCGUGGCCCCCUGGGAGGGACCUGAGGAGAUCAGGGUGUGGGGAAACCUCCAGAGCAUCUCCCAGCCCUCCAGCACUGGUGGGGCUCUUGCAGAGAGCCUCACCUGCAGCAGCUGCCAUCCCCCCACCGCUGGCGACAGGGGAUGGGGACACGCUUGUCCCUCGCUCAGGCCAGUCUGACCUCCUUGCCGUGUUUCCCACUUGGUCUUUAGACCCUGCCAGCAAAUUCCCAUGGAGCCAUUUCUAGCUCUCGCCUGACCCGAGUACCAGCCAAGGGCUCCGUGGAGCUCUUGACGCUCCUGACAGCUCUGGCCCACUUUGUAAAUAAAGCGGGUGGCUGCUCCCCAGCUGCACCGUUACCCUGGCCCCUGCCAGGAUGUGCCCCAUCCAUCCCUGGGCACCUCUCCCUCCUGCACCCCGGCUCUGCAAGCCGCAGGCUCCACCUGUGAUCUGCUUCGUGAAAAACACAGAGGGAGAGAAAAACAGCAGCCAUUAAAAAAAAAAAAUUAAAAAAAAAAAAAAAAAAAACUUUGCUCCGGUCAGAGCCCAGCCUGGGGGUGUUUGGGGUACAGCGUGGCUUGGCACACGCGGUGUCCAGCGGUGCAUGGUGUCCAGCUGUGCAUGGUGUCCAGCUGUGCAUGGUGUCCAGUUGUGCAUGUGCAGUGUCCGGCUGUGCACGGUGUCUGGCUGUGUGUGCACGGUGUCCGGCUGUGCACGGUGUCUGGCUGUGUGUGCACGGUGUCCGGCUGUGCAAGUGUCCGGCUGUGCACAGUGUCCGGCUGUGCGUGCACGGUGUCCGGCUGUGCAUGCACGGUGUCCGUGCACCGCCCUGUGGCUGUAGCCAGAAACAGGCCCGGCAGCUCUGGCUACAGCCACCCCUGGCCUCCAGCCUGGCACCCUGGGACCUUGCUGGGGGUGCAGGAGGAGCCGCAGCUGCCCAGGCUCCCGGCUGCAGCGAGGGGACGAGCCCUGCAGUGGGGGCUUUGCAGCGGACCCAUGGCCCCAGCCCCAGGGUGGGGGGCCGGAGCAGUGGCUCUGCAGCAUCGGGGCCCCGGUGCUGCUCCCCUGCACCCUGCGGGGCUGCCGGCAGGACCUUGUUUAUCCAAGGGAGCAUCCUGCCUCCUCGCCCGCCCAGCAAACACCUCUCUCCUCUCUUGCCCUUUGUCAGUGCUUUAUUUAUUCCCCCUCCCUGUGCUGCUGGGGCUGGGGUCUCUGGGGAAGGGGUCCGGCUCCUAGGGUGGGAUGAGCUGUGCUGCAGAGGGGGCUGGAAGCAGAUGUGCCCGACAAAGAUGCAGCUCUUCCUCUCUUUUUUUUUUUUUUUUUUUUUUUUUUUUUUUAAGACUGUAAAUAUAGAUAGAGCUUUAUUUUGUUAAUAAGACGAUGAGUAACUUAACCUGUAUAUUUCACAUACUUGUUUACAAUUGCCCCCCCACCCCUUGGCACAAUAAAGAUGACUUUUUGGAGCAGA